AUGGCCAAACCUAUUAUACUGAAUAUAGAAGAAGAUGAAAUACUGCGGUCUGUUCAGUUGAGAUUAACACUGUAUGGACCUAAUCCUCACACCAACCUUAUUGCCCAGGUGUUCAAUGAAGUCAAAACCGAAGUCGGGGAGAAACGGCAAUACCAGCUACGCUUGGCAGACAUACAGCGGCCCGGGAACCCAACUGUGGAAAACGUUGUAUACCCUCCAGAAUGGAAGAAG